AUGGAAAUAUCAACCGUUAGCACAAACGAUGUCUUUGAGGGCACAAGUCGUCCAUCGCGGACAACACGAAUUCGAUCAAGCCUUGCCAUACUCUUCAGAGACAUUUCUUCGGCUUUGACCGCAGCUUCAGAUGGCGUUCAGGAUUGGACCCCCUUCUGUUUGGUAACAUCAUACUUUGCCUUCUCAAUCUGCAUCUAUAUCGUCGCAUCUUCUGGGGUUAUAAAGGUCUUUUGGUUCUUCUAUCUUAUGACCAACACCUAUAUAGCCAGUGCCACCGUUAUUGAGGCAAUGCUGAGCAUUGGGCCAGUUCAUGCAGCCAAGAAGGCCGCCGCAAAGGUGGCAGCAAACAACUGGAUCUUCCCAACGCCUGAUGCCGACCUCCUAACAUUGGACAUUAACAUCGUUGCCUAUUUGCCAAAUGAACAAGACAUCAUUAUGGAUCGCAUCUAUUACAUGCUCGAGAAAAUAAUCUAUCCAAGAGACAAACUCUGCAUCAACGUUCUUUACAACACUCCUUACCCCAUCGAACCACUGGAAAGCGAAAUGCGCAACCUGUCUUUGAAACACCCAGAGUUGAGGAUAAUCAAAGUUCCCAAUUCCACGUCGAAGGCCGAUAAUAUCAACUUCUACUGUUCUCUCGACACCGGGGCUAACGUUUCGGCCAUCUAUGAUUGCGAUCACUAUCCCCAUCCGUACGGCCCCAGAUGGGCAAUGGAACGUUUAACAUCAGACAAAAAAGUAGACAUUGUCCAAGGACGGUGCGUUAUCUUCAACGCGGAUACAAAUCUGAUGACAGCCAUGAUUGCGGUUGAAUUCGACAAGAUCUAUGCCGUCUCGCAUCCAGGGCGAUCAGCGAUGUUCGACUUUGGCCUAUUUUGCGGUUCCAAUGGGUACUGGAGAACGGACUUGCUAAAGGAAUUGAAGAUGGAUGAAACGAUGCUUACGGAGGACAUUGACUCUGCGCUCCGAGCAUUUGGUCAUGGGGCAAAUGUGGUGCAUGAUCUCAAUGUUACCUCAUUUGAGCUUGCUCCCACGUCGUGGUUCGCUUUCUGGAAACAACGGCUCCGUUGGUCUCAGGGCUGGGUGCAGGCUAGUAUCCGACACGCGAAUCUCAUCUGGAAACCGAGCGAAGUGGAUGGCAAUACUCGAACAUUACGCCAGCGAUUCGGACUACUCUCCCUUCUUUGGGUUCGGGAAUCCAGUUACUACCUCAUUUCCCAAUACCUGUGUCUUGUCUUUAGUAUCAUCAUCACCGACUUUCCAAAAUCUGGCACUGAGCUCUAUAAAUUGGUCUUCUUUCAGUACCCGGUGGCAUGGUGGCUCUUUAUUCUCAGUCUUGUUUCUCUAUUCGGCACACUGUAUAUCACUUUCCACACCAGAUCAGAGUUCAUUCGAUGGUGGACGAUUGGUAUCUUUACAGUUACCUUUCCCGUUCAACUUGUGCUGACUGCGGUGAUGGGGCUAUUCGGACAUGCACGGCAAAUUAGUCACUUUGUGAAGUGGGAGGCUACGAGAAGAGGUUAA